AUGUCAACUCCUGUCGCCGAACUCAUCGAGGCCGCCGAGUCCCUCCAGCUCUCGAAUGGUCUUUGCAAGGACUGGGAGCAAAAAGAUCCGUUAAAAUCAGACAGCGUCGACCGCUACCUCGCCGCCUUGCCGACCAUUCACGCCCACUACCAGUCGAUUGGUGUGCCCUCCCACUUGCCUCAAAAGGGCGGCCUCAUGCAGGGCCAUGGGUACCCGAGUACAAGAUCCGGCCGGACUGCAGAGAUCAAGGCCCAAGUCAAUGGCGAGUUCAUCUACAUCUAUCGAAAGAUUGACCCAGUCAAGCCGUUUGGCCAAGUUUCCCAUCAGUGGACGGCAUUGCUGCGAGUCGAAAGCGAAACGGGCGAGGAGGAUGAGCCGUGGGCAUUUGCCUGUGUCACACUGGAAGAGGCUGCCGCUUUGGAGACGGAGGAAAGGGGCUACAAAGACUGUGGCAGCCACACAGAGCGGCCUCGCGAUGUCGAUACCACUGACGAGCCACUGCAAGAGGACGACAAGUAUCUCGCCACCGGUUACAAGCUCCUCAAGCAUUGGACUGAUGGGGAUUUGAAGUCUGGGAAACUCUUCCGUGAUGAUGAAAAAAACCCCGAAAUUAUGAAAAACACAAUCACGGCUAUCUCACGGGAGGAGGGAGCCAACAUCACCGAUCCUCGCGUCGGAACUUCGAGAGAUCACAUUCCGGUCUAUACCCGACCAUCCCGUGCCUGCCUCGGUUGGGGUGGCUACGACAAGUUUCUAUCUUGGCAAGAGGCUGGUCGAACUGUUCAUAAGGAUAUGGUGAAGUAUGAGGAGGACUUUAACGAUGAGCGGGACGGGGAUGUCGACUUCGUCAAUAAGGAUGGCGAAAUUGUAUGCACUGUCCCUAACAUCAUCCCCAAGGAGGAUUUGCCAGACUAUACAGAAACUGCAGUCCCUCUCUACGACUUGCUGCACGGCCAAAGGCGAGGCUUCCAGCGGGGUCCCGAGACCAAGGAGGAGUUCAUAACUCGCAGACACCGACCGCUGCGAAAGGAUUAG